GUGGAGCACCUAUCAGUCGCAAGGUCUAGAACAGCGCCCCCGACCUUACCCACAGCCUCUCCAUUUUCCCUUCUUCCUCCGCCGCCAGCUAGGGUUACGGCCGCCGGGUAGCGCAGCUCAACAAUACGUCUGACAGCGCCGGUGGGUGGCGUAUGGCCGGAGGCGACGCGUCGACCGUGGCGGGGCCAGGGGCGGAGGUGGACGCGGGCUUCGAGUUCGCCUUCGACAAUGAGGCCUUCUCCGACAGGGAGCUGCGUAUAGUGGUCGUCGGCGCCGACGACGCCGCCGGCCGCAAGCGCCGGCGCGAGGCGGCCGAAGGUGAUGGUGGAGAAGAUAUCGACUCUUCUUGUACUGUGACGAGUACACCAGUUUUACAAGUUGAAACUAUACAUGUCUGCUCGGCGACUCUUGCUGCAAAAAGUAAUUUCUUUCGCAAGCUUUUCUCAAAUGGCAUGAAGGAAUCUGGCCAUAGACAGGCAACAGUUACAAUUGCUGACUCGGAGUACGAAGCCUUCCUGGAGCUUUUACACUUUAUUUAUAGUGGAAAGCUGACACCAACUGAACCCAUUCUUGUGGUUGAUAUCCUGCUGGCUGCUGAUAAAUUUGAGGUUGCUUCUUGCAUUAAGCUUUGCGGUGAACGGCUCGUAGACCUGCCUAUGACCGCAGAAUCUGCAGUAAUGUGCCUAGAUCUCCCAUGUUCCAUUUCAAUGGCACCUGCCCUGGCAGAGGCGGCCAAGAAAUUCCUUGCUAAAAGAUACGAUAAAUUCCUGUUGACAAAGUUUCAGGAUGAACUGAUGAGGAUAUCUCUCACUGGGAUUGUAGCCAUUUUAUCAAGGAAUCACCCCGGGGUUGCAUCUGAAGAGUCCGUCUAUGACUUUGUGCUCAGGUGGGCCCACUUUCAGUAUCCAAAUCCAGAAGAGAGGCACAAGAUUUUGAGUUCAAGCUUACUUCCACUGGUGCCAGUAGUGCGCAGCAUGACCAAUGGCAUCCUGAUUGACCAGCCGUCCUGUAUAGUUGACUUUACUCUAAGUCGUGGGCAAUGCUCGGGGCUCUUCCCAUCAGGAUCGAUACGCUCCCCGCCGUUCUAUUGUGGAGGGCAUGGUUUCUUCCUCUCGGCGCACGGUAAAAUGGAGCCGUCCAACUUUUUUGGCCUCUUAAUAGAGAAGUUAGAAGACAAGGGGCCAGUAAGAGGGACAAUAGAUUAUGAGAUUGAGGUAAAGACAAGACAGUCGCUGGAGUUUCUCUUCUUGUGGAGGCGCACCACCACCACCGAUAGUAGACAGGCUUUGGGUUGCAGGAUUCCUUGGCCAUCCAUCAUUGCUGACAACAGCCGUUUCUUCAUCGACGACAAACUCCAUCUGCGAGUUCAUGUGAAGAUAACGCCGCAGCCGUAGCCGUAGUGAUGCAUGCAUUAGCAGCCCCUUUUUGUUUUUAUGAGCAAGGAGAAGCCCCUGUCCUUUUUAACAUAUGAAGAAACCUGAACCGGGGCUGCUCUAGUUAUUUGCUAGCAUUUGCUCUGCUCUCUUUUGGUGACUAGAAUGUAGCAUGCGAUCGUCUAUAGUUGGAUGAUGGAGUCUCAUUGUGUCGGCGCCACAAACUCUUUAUCAGAUGCGAAACUGUCAAGUGUGUUUGAUGUGCAGCUAAGUCGCUGAAGCGCUGAUGUGUGCUUUGCGGUUGGCUGAGAGUACAUGUUACUGAUGACCUCUUUGAUUCGACGGACUUGUGACCCUUCGAAUGAACAUUAUGUGAUUGUCUGUUCAUGGUUA